AAAGGAAGACGUUGAGGAUAUCAGAAGAAAAGUAUAGAUUAUGCAGCAUUUGAGUGGACAACCUAACAUUGUGAAGUUCAAGGGUGCCUACGAAGACAGGCAAUCUGUGCACCUUGUAAUGGAGCUAUGCGCCGGUGGGGAUCUAUUUGAUCGGAUCAGAGCUAAGGGUCGUUAUAGUGAAGAGGCUGCUGCUUUUAUACUUGGACAAAUCAUCAAUGCUGUCAAUUCGUGUCAUUUGAUGGGAGUGAUGCAUAGGGACCUUAAGCCUGAGAACUUCCUAUUGUCUAGCAAGGAUGAGAAUGCUGUUUUGAAGGCCACAGCUUCUGGGUUUUUUGCUUUUCAUUGAAGGGGGAAAGAUUUUUAGUGAUGCAGUUGGGAGCCCUUACUACGUUGCUCCUGAAGUAUUGCGGCGUGAACAUGGGAAGGAAGCAGAUAUCUGGAGUGCUGGAGUGAUGUUGUAUAUUUUACUAAGCAGAGUACCUCCGUUUUGGGCAGAAACGAGGACAGGGAUAUUCGAUGCAGUUCUGCAUGAAGAAAUCGACUUCCACACUAAACCAUGGCCAUCUAUCUUGUGCAGUGCCGAAGACCUCAUCAGCAAGAUGCUGACACGAGAUCCGAAGGUGCAGAUUUCUGCU